GAAGAAUUCAUUUCAUCAUCAACAGUGAGAGAAGUAAAGGUCACCCACAGAUAUGAUGUGAAAUCUUUCUUUUUAUUGUGAAACGGCUAUUCCAUUCAUUUAAAUGGUUUUAGUCAGUUCCUAGCUAGAGGGAUGGAAUGCAUGUGUGACAUCCACUAAAUUCCUGCUCUUUCGAGAAGUCCAAUGCAAGGGACUUACAUUUACACCUUUUUAGGGACCAAGUUCGUUGUAAAAUAACUACACGACUCGACAGUUGAGUUUACCGAACGAACGACUGAAGACACUACCCGGCCACCAUGGAGCAGUUAUUGUUUGUCAUACUCGGGCUGUUUUUGACACCAUUCUCGUGUCUAGUUAUGUUGAUUGUUCUACCAGGAUGUUUCGGCAUUUCUCUGGGAAUCCGUCAUUUCUACAUCAACUUUCUUCUGCGAAUGUUUGAGCUUGGCUAUCAAAUUGGACAAAAGCCCGAGUCAGAUUCAGAAUUGAUUGAUCAACAAGGUGUUGGACAUGAGGAUGAUGAUGAAGAAGAAAAACGAGAUGAUGAGAAAAUCUUUGUUCCAAAUGCGUCCUCAGCAAACGUUCUUAUUGAAAAAGACUCAACCAAACAUCUAGCGGAUGGUGUUAAAUCAGUUGUCAACCAAACUGUGGAACGUAUCGGCAAAGAAAACUUCCAGUUUUCUGAUGUAUUCUACUUCUGCAAAAAGGGAGUUGAGGCCAUUAUUGAAGAUGAAGUUACAAAGCGGUUCACUGCUGAAGAACUUCCCUCAUGGAAUUUACUGACAAGAACAAGUAUGCAGUACCAGUACCUCAAUAUUCGCCUGACCAUGCUGUGGAUGGCUGCUUUCUUUUUCCGAUAUAUGGUUCUUUUGCCAGUAAGACUUGCUGUGACUAGUAUCUGUAUGGUUUAUCUACUAGUGUCGUCUGCUUUCAUUGGUUACCUACCAGAUUCCAGAUUUAAACAGAUUUUGAAUAAAUACAGUUCCCUGACACUUCAUCGGAUGUUUUGCCGAUGUUUCUCUGCAAUCAUUACAUUCCAUAAUAGGGAGAAUCGAGCUGAGGGAGGAAUAUGUGUAGCAAACCACACCUCUCCAAUUGAUAUAGCCAUUCUUUCAAGUGACAACGUCUAUGCUUUUAUUGGACAGCUACACACAGCUUUCAUGGGUAUGCUUCAACGAGCAAUGAGUCGUACUGGAACUGAUCAUAUCUGGUUUGAACGCUCAGAGAUGAGGGAUAGGAUGAAGGUCACACAAAGAUUGAAAGAGCAUGUUGAUGAUCCUCACAAGUUACCCAUAUUGAUAUUUCCAGAAGGAACCUGCAUAAACAACACAUCUGUCAUGCAAUUUAAAAAAGGAAGUUUUGAGAUAGGAGGUACCAUCUAUCCAGUAGCCAUCAAGUACAACUCCAGUUUUGGUGAUCCGUUCUGGAACAGUAGCAAAUACUCAAUGGUCCGGUACCUACUGAUGAUGAUGACCAGCUGGGCUAUUGUGUGUGAUGUCUGGUAUUUGCCUCCCAUGGUUAAAGGGGAGGAUGAAGAGGCUAUUGAGUUUGCUAACCGGGUCAAAGCAGCCAUUGCUAAGCAGGGUGGCUUACUGGAUCUAACAUGGGAUGGCCAGUUAAAGAGAACGCGAGUUAAAAGCAUAUUCAAAGCCAAGGAACAAGAAGAAUAUAGCAAGAUUAUAAAAACUGACUGAGAAAAUUGCCAGCAAGUAGAGAAAAUUGCCUUAAAUAUAAACUCAUUUGUCUGGAUUUAUUCAACUGACUUUUUGAUAUCGUUUUGUUAUUUUUGCAACAAAAAUGGACUUUUUUGAUACUGUAAAACAAUGCAAAGUAAUGUGUUUUACAGCUUUGGCCACUCUUGUGAGCUGUUGAGUUAAUUAAUUGUAAUGUUUAAACUCUGUAGUUAUACAAGAGAUUUUAAGGACCGUUCAAUGUUUGUAUGAUUACAAGGUGUUUUUGGUGCAUUAACUAUAGACGAAAGCACUCAAUUCAUGGAUGACAUGGAUGGAGGCAUAUAUAGUUGCUUACAUAUCACUUAAAGACACUGGACACUAUUGGUAACAGUCUUCUCACUUGCUGUAUCUCAACAUAUGCACAACAUAACAAA